AUGAAUGUUCAUGAAGGAUGGAUGAUGACGAUGAUGAUUUGUCAUGCUGUAUAUCUGAAUAAAUCACAAAUUGGAAAUGAUUCCUCUGUCAUUUCAUCUUCCAAACCAACUACACCAAUUAUAGAUAGAAAGUCAACUGUUGACAAUAGUAGCAGCAGUACUACGAGUACAACACCACCAGUAGUCAGCCAACAACAACAACAACAACCAUCAGUCUUUGCUCCACCACCACCACUCACUAUUCCAACAACAACAACAACAAAUAAUAAUAAUAGUAGUAGUAACAAAGAUGUUGUUGAUAUUAGUGAUUUAUUAAAGAAUACUCAUAUUAAUAAUAAUCCAACAGUCGUCCGAACUCAAUUUAUGGUUCCACAACAACAAACUAUUAAUGGUAAUAGUUUUACUAUUCAUCAAAAUAAUAUACCUUCCACUUCAUCCCAAUCUCCAUUUACUACUACUAACCAACAACAAAACAACAACAAUAUAAUCAAUCCAUUCAAUUCUUUAAACAACUCGAUUCAAAGAGAAUUGAAUACUGCCAAGGAUACCAUUGCCAAGUUGAAUCAAGGUGUUUCUCAAAUAUUGGGUACUCCUCCCAUCUCCCCACCCAACGUUAGAUUGCCACAGCCACAACAACCUGUUGCCAAUCUGGGAGCUGCUCGUCCACACCCUCACGUAUUGACCAAAGUCAAUCCAUUGGACAUUUAUCAAUCAAACAAGGGUGUUCCAACAUGGCUUUGUGAUUAUUGUUCAAAGGGUUACGGAACUAGUGAACAAUUCCAUUGUUCUUCAUGUGGUAAUUUCGAUCUAUGUCGUUCAUGUAUCGAAAAGAGUGGUACAAAGACCAAUCCAAUUAUGCUUCCAUUGGAACCACACAACAUUCCAUCACUUCAUGCACACCCAUUGUACGCAAUGGCCUGUGUUGAUUUAUAUGGUGGACCAGAAGCCAGAUGUGAUAAAUGUUUGUCAAACGUAAAGGGUGUCGUUUAUCAUUGUACUAUAUGUGGUAUCAAAUGUUAUAACAAGGAACCAAUCAAUAACAAUAACAAGACAGGAUUAUUCACUUCAAUGUUUGCUACCAAACAACCAGCUGUUGUUGCACCACCACCACCACCAAAGCCAGCUCCUACCACUGCUCCAACCACAAGCCUAUUUGGCAAUUUUUUCAGAGCACCAUCAUCGUCGACAGCCAAUACUGUCACUACCACUGCUCCAACCAUUUCGACCUACAAUGCUACCAAGGAUCUUCCAGUCACCAUCAAUGUUCCAUCACACGGACAACCACUACACAAGGUCAACAGUCCAUUCGAAGUCUAUGAACACAGUGAAUGGAUUUGUGAUGUAUGUCGUUCUAGAUACGGUGCCACUGAAAUCACCUUUUAUCAUUCUCCAAACAACUAUGAUGUUUGUGUUGGUUGUUAUUAUAAACAUUUUCAAAAGAAAUAA